UUAAUCCUUUUCCAUCGCCGAGUUUUCUUUUCUGAGUUUCUUUAGUUAAAAACUCCCCACAUCUUUGGACUCUUUCCUUCCCAAAUAUCUUCGCUGAAGGGGCGUUUCAAAACAGACGCCUCCUCUUUAAAGUUUUUACCGGCUAUUGCUACCGGCCUAGGCUCAGAAAAUCAGUUUUGAAAGUUUUAUGAGGUUAGACGGUUCGAAGGAUUACAGCAUUUUAUGCUGCUGAUUGUUUACAAUCUGCUCGAGUGGAGUUCGACAGUGUCUUUAACUUAAAGAUAUUAAUCAUGGCAGACACAGAAGAUUUGGGAAUGGCUGGGGAAGAGCAGCUAGAUAAUUUGGACUCUAUGGAAGGAGCAGAAGGAGAAGUGGGAGAUAAUGGUGACAUUGGAGAAAUUGAUGGAAAUCAUGCUGGUGCUGGUAUGGAUGACCCUGAGUUGGAGGCCAUUAAAGCCAGAGUCCGGGAAAUGGAAGAAGAGGCAGAAAAACUUAAACAAUUACAGUCUGAGGUCGACAAGCAAAUGAACAUGGGGAGCCCACCAGGAAUAGCAGCCAGUCCAUUGAACAUGUCUUUGGAAGACAAAAUGGAAGUAGACAAUCGUUCAAUUUAUGUAGGCAAUGUAGACUAUGGGGCAACUGCAGAGGAACUAGAGCAACAUUUUCAUGGAUGUGGGUCUAUCAAUAGAGUCACAAUCCUCUGCAACAAGUUUGAUGGCCACCCAAAGGGCUUUGCCUACAUUGAAUUUGGAGAAAAAGAGUCUGUACAGACAGCUAUGGCAAUGGAUGAAUCACUAUUCCGUGGCCGACAAAUAAAGGUUAAUCCAAAACGCACCAAUAGACCUGGCAUGAGCAUGACUAACCGGGGACCCAGGGGAAGAGGCAUGCGUGGAAGAGUCAGUAGAGGAUCUGCCUAUUUUGGAUACAGACCUAUCAGAAGACCAAGGAGUUAUCGAAGGGCCUCAUUUUACCCAUACUGAUCAACAUUGCCUGUGACGCACUCAGCUCUCAGGUCAGUGUGCACAGGCUACCCUUCCCCACAAUUGUGGUUAAGUAGGAUUUAAAAAACUGUAUCAGUCCUAUUUGAAUCCUCUUUGUUACUUUGUAUGUUGUUCUUCAGUAAUGUAAGGAUGUUACAACUAAAAUCACAAUAUUGGGGCUUCCAUGCCUGUGGCGUUGACAAGUUGAAUUAAGAUAAGAGUGCAGUGUAGGAUAUGGGCUAGUAGAUCAAUUCUUCUGUGUGUAUAAAAAAUUAUGUGUGACUUAUUACUUGAUUUAUUGAAAUCAUAACACACAACUAAGAUAUUACUAGUUGUUGUGUGUCCUACUGUGAGAGAGUACCUGUGCCUUUUCCUCAUAACUCUUCAUCCAUAGUAAAAUUUGCAUAUUUCACCAUCUUGCAAUCUAUUUUCUUGGAUGGCUUGUAAGUCAGUGGGUAUCAGGCUGAGAUAAUUUAUAUGCUCCAAUGUUUUGCUUAAGUUAGUUAUGCACUAGGCACUCUGUAUAUUGUUCAAUUCAGGUUUCAUUUUUGCUCCAUUUGGUGAAUGCAUUAUAUGCACAGUUUUCUGAAUAAGGUGUAUGUGGUCUGAUGAAAUGAAGGGGUUCAUUUUUAUCUUUGUAGUAUUAAAUUAAUAUGAAGUCAUAUGAAAUGCAUUGUAACAUACUUUAAAACUAUUGACUAUCAGCAAAUUCCAAAGACAUUUAUUCUGUCUUUGCUAAUGCUUGUUUGUAUGUGUUAGCAAGUUUUAAGUUGUUUGGUCAGUUUGUGCAGUCUUUAUGUAAUGGGCAGUUUAGGCCCACGAAAUUAUUAUUUCUUGUUUUAGUUUUUGGAAUACACUUUGGAUGGUUUCUCUGGAACGUUGCAUUUUUGUGCAUGUGCAGUAGAAGUUUUUUUUUUUAAUUUCAUGACUCAAUUUCUAUGUUUUUGGUUGGAUGUCUGAUAAAUUGUGCAGCUUUCUCUCUAAAAUCCAAGACUGUUCACGUGUUUCAAUAUUUUCCAAGCAUUGAUUUAGUAUCAUUUUUUGACAUUCUUUUGAACAUGUGUCAUUGUGAAGGUUUAUCAUUGAAAAUUCUUGACAAAUCUGGUUCUAUGUUGCAACACAUUUGUUGCUGUUCUUGUUUUCCUGCAGUAUCAACCCUUUGUGAUUUACAUUCAUGUGCUGUUUAUUUAUUAAUUUUGUGUGACAGUUCAAAGUAUUAUUUGAACUCUUUAAAUUUGAUACGCAUGUCAUAUAUCAAAACAUAGUGUACACUAUGUUUAUCUACCUGCAACUAUCAUUCUCACUUCAUCACUUGUUACAAGAGUUCUGAGUUUUGUAGAAAAUUCAGGAAAAGCCACCCCAUGAGAAAAGUGACGAUUGGCAGGCUUAUAAGAGUCAAUGGACACAAUGAAAAAACUAUGAAAAGAGUAUAA